GCCACGCGCCAUGGCCGCCGCCACCUGGCGCUACCGUGGGGACCCCGAGGCGGAGCAACCGGCAGUGCUGGUGCAGUUCUCCAACGGCAGGCUACGGCGGUCCGACUCCAUGCGGUUCACCGUCUACCGAAACAGGGACGUGGCCCACCCCCGGAAGAAGCACCGGAGGAUCCUGGUCUCAGAAACUGAAAGGCUUUCAUAUGUGGGGAAUAACUUCGGCAGCGGAGUUAUGAAAUGUAACUCCCUAUGCAGGUAUUUUGUUGGUGUGUUAGACAAGGACUCUGGGCAAAUGGAAGUCUAUAAUGCUGAAAUAUUCAACAUGCAGCCCUUGCUGUCAGAUAACUUAAUACCUGACGACAUGAAAGAUUAUCAGAAUAAAUCCUACAGGGAGAAGAUGGAUUUGUGCAUUGAGGCCUUUGGUACCAGCAAGCAGAAGCGAGCUCUGAACUCUCGGCGAAUGAAUGCAGUGGGCAAUGAUAUUGUGAAUACUGCUGUGACAAAAGCAGCAGCAAACAUUAUAGAUGCAAAGGGAGUAACAGCUUUGAUCCAGGAUGUGGCCCAAGAUGAUAUACAGAACAUCUCCAUCUUUCUCCCACCAUGUAAUGAAGAUGCUGACAAACCAGAAAAUGUUUACAAGUUUGAGGACAUUCUGUCUCCAGCAGAGUAUGAAGCAUUACAGGUUCCAGCAGCAGUCUUUGUUAAUAUCACUCCAGAAGAAGUCACAAAGAAAAUGGAAGAUAAAAGUCAUUGCUCCUUUGUUUUAGAGGAGCUGAAGUUCCUGCCUGCUGAUGAGAAGAGCAGAGAUCACAAAGCUCGAUGCCUCUGGUUCCUGGACACCCUUAUUAAGUUCAGCUACCUGAAAGUGAUCAAGAAGAAGCAUCCAAUGGGGCCUGAAUGCCCACACAUUAUCAGCAGGAAACUCAUGAAGAAUUUCACUUCACUGACCUAUAACAAUGGCAGUGUCCAGAAUUUAAUCUCUGCAUCAAUGAAGGCUAAAAUUACAGCAUACGUCAUUGCAUUGGCUCUGCACAUCAACAACUUCCAAACAGACCUCACCAUCCUGCAGAAUGAUAUGAAGCUUCAAGAAAGCAGGAUGAUGGACAUUGCAAAGGCCAUGCGGUUGAAGAUCUCCAAGGCAAAGGGGCUACCGGGACUUGAGAAUGAUCAGAACCACAAGCUAGGCACUCUCUCUGUCCCUUUGCCUCUGCAGAAGGCAUCAGAGAACCAACGGAAGCGCAAGAAAAUGAACUAAAAUGUCUGGGAGGUCUGAGCAGGGGCGAAACAGUUCCUUUCUCAACUGCUGUUCUGCACACAGAGCAUCAUGGGGACGCUUUUGUUUGUUGGAUUUGGCUGUCCAGCAUCAGCACGUGACCCUGCUGAAACCCUGUCUCGAGGCUGGGCUGGAACAGAUGUUCACCUCAUUAAACUGCUGCUUUUUUCUAUUUAUGUAGAAAAAGCUAUAAUAAAACAUCUGUCUUUU